CGUCACAUCUCUGUAGUCCAGCAAUGCUGCUCCAUUCAUCCAAAGAACCGAAGCACGUUUGAGAGGAAAGAUGCAGACAAAGAUGUUUUCCUUUGGUUUGUUUGCAGUUUCAGCAUUUCUUUGGCACGGUGUGUCUGGUGCAGACGGAGUCUCAGUGUCAGUGAUGGAGGGAGAUUCAGUCACUCUACACACUGAUGUUGAAACAAACCAACAAGAAAAUAUUAAGUGGUAUUUUAAUAACACUCUCAUCGCUCGAAUCAAUGGAAAUCUCAGUGAUACCUGUACAGAUGUUCAGUGUAAUGAAGGUACUGAGAGAUUCAGAGACAGACUGCAGCUGGACAAUCAGACUGGAUCUCUGACCAUCAUGAACAUCAACACCACACACUCUGAAAAAUAUACACUACAGGUCAUCAGAGGUAGCAACAAUGAAACGAUCUUCAAUGUUACUGUCAUUGAUGUUUCUGCUGCUGAACUAUAUGAAAUAUGUGUGAAGGCGGGAGAAAAUGUUACUUUAGAUGCCGGUGUAAUAAAAAACCCAAUUGAUUUGAUGACGUGGUAUUUUAAUGACAUAUGCAUCGUUGAAAUCACUGAAGAUCAGAGUAGGAUCUGUACAGAUGAUCAGGUUAAUAAUAGUAAUGAGACAUUCAGAGGCAGACUGGAGGUGAAUCAGACUGGAUCUCUCACCAUCACAAACACCAGAAGUGAAGACUCUGGAGUCUAUAAGCUACAGAUCAACAGCAGCAGAUUCAGCAUCGUUAGGAGCUUCAGAGUUACCGUCACUGGUCCGCCUUCAGGAAUACGCAUGACUGUUUUCCGAUGCAGGAGCUUUACAUAGGGAGACAAGGUGAAAAAUAAGCUCGGGCAUCUGUCAAAAGUCCAAGGAUGAGGAAAACGUCACAAGACCCGACAGGAUCAUAACCGGAUCGUGUAUCUGCAAAAUGUUUCCCAUCACCGUAUAUCAGCAGCACACUUCAGCUUGUGUUGCUCCGCUUUAACCUGGAAUAAUAUUUACAUUUAUCAUUUAUAGCAUGCUUAUUAUAAUAAGUGCCUUGGUUUCUGGUUAUGGAUUAGUGAAGUGCUUGUGGAAGGGAUGUGUUUUCUGCUGAUUCUUGAAGGUUGAGAUGUUCUCAUCAGAUCAGAUGAAGGUUGAAUGUUUCUGGAGUGAAGCUUCUGAAAGAAACUCGUUGUGAUGGAACCACUAGGAGGCGCUUAUUCAUUGUUAAACUUUCUCUAUACAUUUGUAUUCAGUUCAACAAUAACCUACUUUUACCAUUCAGUUGUCUCGAUAAAUUCACAGAACAAAUGCUUUAUGACAAUAAGCUGGAAACACUCAAUCCAUCAUUAAGCUUGAGUUUACACAGAUCUAAAAGUGUAUCAAACCUUUAAAACAAACUUACCAUGAGUUCUCAGGACAGUCAGUAUCAUUAUUUAAUUUCCAAAAUGUAUUAAUGGACAAAUUCCAUAUGAAGAAGAUCUGCACUACUCGUAUUGUACUGUCAGUUUUUACUUGAUUUGUCUUGCACACUAAAAUGUGCAAAGUGUCAAAUAAUUCAUACGCAUUGUUUUGCUUCAAAACAAACUUUGUAUGUUUGUGAUUCAGCACAGAAUUGGAGAGUUUGGUUCAAAAGAACUUAUUUGAAAUCUUUAAGAUGAAAAUGAACGGGGAAAAUACUUCCAUAGUUUGUGAUACUGGUUGUCACUUUUGCACUUAUUUGCAUGUCCGCAUGUUUGUAUUGUACAUCU